AUGGAUAGGAGAGAUGUAGAUGCAACUGUAAAAACUGCUUUUGGAAACAAUCAGAUGGCUAUGGCAUUUGCAGCUGCUGUGGAAGCUUCUAGUGAAAAUAAGGUUGAUAAUGAAAACUCAAGCACUGAGCUUAAUAAGGUGAAAAAGGAAGUAGAGGAAUUAAAACAAACAUUGAAUGAAAUAAAGUCACAAUUACAUGAUAUUAAAAAUAAGGGUAAUGAGCAAUUGGGAAGUAGUAAAACUCUAGAUCAAGCAGAAUGGAUAAGUUUACAACAGUAUAUUUAUGAACAUUUUAAGAACCAGGCUGAGAUUCAAAGAAAAUUCAACGAACUGGAAGAGAACCUUUCCACAAAUGGUAAUAAUGUGUCAGAAUUACGGAUUAAGAUCAGAGAAUAUGAAUCUAGUUUAGAAGUAAAUACUAAUCAUAUUACUACUCUAGCUUUAGUAUUGGAUGAGUGGCAGGAAAAAGUUAACAGGCUAGACUCUGUUAUAAGUAAUUUGAAACAAAGCUUAGAUACAAAUGCUAAGAUAGUAGACAACAUUGCAAAAUUACCAAAUUCUAUUCUUGAUAUAUUCUAUAGUCAAUCUCAGGCAUGGAAUGGAUUUUCUAAAGUGUUGAAUCAGCUGAGUAAUGAUAUGGAUAAAGAAAUAAACAAAUCUUCAAUUUACCAAGAAGAAAAUAACAACUUAGAAGUUGCAAUCUCUAUUAAGACACUAGUAGAAGCUAUGAAGAAUCUGCAACCUUUAUUAUUAUUACCAAAUAUAGUUCAUUAG